UUAGGCAAAAGUUUGGUUCCGCCUUCCGGGUGAACAUAUUUUCUUUGGCUAGCCAUUUCCACUUCAACAACCCAUCUUCUUUCCUGCUUUGCACCACAACACUACGACCUGUCUAAACGUACGUGAGAGAGAUCAAGGAUUCCUGGCGAUUAACUCAGAACAAACAAAGGAGAUGAACUCUGAACAAACAACGGAGGAGGGGCUCAUGGAGCUCACUCCCGAAGAUUACGAGGAAUUCCGACCCCUCGUUAUCAACUCGCACGCCCGCUUCGAAAUUUACGACGACAGUCGGUUCCACUCGGUCCGCUCAACGGAGGAGAGGCGCAUGGAGCUCGACUACGCAAAUUUCUUCGUUCCACGCUUCAGGCAGCCCGAGCGGCUCCGCCACUGCUUUGAGCGUCGAGUGUACGGAAUGACAUUGCUCGAGCCUACAUACGGGCUCAGGCUGCAGCAGGUACGGGCUCAGGCUGCAGCACAUUUUCGCCGUUCCACCUUCGGGGUUGGAUCCGGCCACAUCAAUGAAACCAUGUCUGCGGAAGCUAGCAGCCCUGGAGGAGGCGAUGGUCGACUUGGAGUUGAGUGGAACGAUGAGACGCUGACGGCGCUGCGUUCCAGCGCUCGAGCUAUGAGAGAACACGGCGGCUCUCAAGAUUUUCUCGUCAAUGAAGCGGGUGGCCGCUUUAUUGCUAUUCACAUUCACCCUCCGCAGCAGGGCGAUCAAGGUUUAGUGGGAGGCGCACGAGGAGCACAAGAUGGUCCUGGUGAUCUUGCUCGGCAGGCUCUGCCCUCGGUAAUUGGUGGUCUUGUGCCGCUAUGCUUCAACUUAUUAUUAGAUGAUAGUAUCCUCAAGGCGGGCGGUUCUCCCGGAUACAUCAAGGCUGCCGCUUACGCUGGGCUGGGGCUUGUGACUGUCUUCACAUUUCUUGGGCUCGCUUCCAAGAAGAGGGCCAAGGCUGCCGCCAGGGUGGUAGCCAGCGCGUCGACCGCCGCGGUGUCGAUAGCCGUGGUGUAUCAAGUUUCCGACAAUGCCAACAUCAAGCGUGUUUGCGGGAUCAUGGGGUGCGUCGCAACCUUGGCCACAAUGGCCAUCGACUGGUGAUUAUACUCAUCCCAAUUCACCUUAAUAAUAUUCCUGCCGUCUAUGCAUCAACCGAUGCAGAGCCACAGGAACCCUCGGCAAAUUUUGUAUGACGCCCAGAGCGUUUACUGGAAUGUCUAGGGCUAUCAUCGCAUGAAUUUUGUGUUGAGUACUGCUGCCAGGGACUAAAAAUAACUGGUAUUAGAGCAUCUCCAGCCGUUCGGCCCCCCCAAA